AUGCCGGACAAUUCUACAAUGCGAUGGGUCUUUGUCUGCAUGUCGUGCUUUACAUUAGGAGUUAUUCUAUCAAAUAUCAAUAACCCUCGACUCUUUUCGGUCCAGAACGAGUGUCCGCCAGUGAAAUCCAGUGUACUACGCGCCAUACCGUCAGCACUACAAGUUCAGGAAAUGGGUGUGUCACUAAUUCGGGAGCUUCGCUGUUUAGGCAAUUUCGAGCUAAUCCAGGUCUAUCAUUGCUUCCCCGAGGAGUUGUCGGAUGAGAAUCGAGCAUUGCUCACACGCAAUGACAUGCGAGUGGAGAUUGUGGAUGUUUGUACUGAUAUUAUGGCUAAAACCGGAGUGGAAAACCUUUUUCAAGGUGAUGUCGACAUUGCAAAAACGUUUCAGAGUUAUUGGAUCAAACCUUUGGCGAUGUAUCACACAAAACUACGACAAGUGAUUAUGUUGGACGCAGAUGCGAUUUUACUAAAAGAUCCGGCAGUGGUGCGGCAAAUGUCUGGAUACGUGCGUACAGGAACGACAUUCUUCCGAGACCGUAUUAUCAAGAGUAACAUGUUUCUGUCUGAGAAAAGGAAGAGUGGACAAACGAAUCUACACUAUUUGAUCGACUCUUUUCCGUAUAAGACUUAUAAUCUGAGUGGACCAGAGCCGUCCGACCGAUUAAAACGUAUGCAUUCGUGGCGAGGUCUCAGUGCACACACAAUGGACUCGUCUAUGGUGGUGAUUGAUAAGAAUAGAGCAGCGUUCGAGCUCGCACACCAAGACUAUUUUUUCACGCCCUGGGGAGUUAGUUUGACAGAGUCAGUCCCAAACAACGACGCUGCCCACCCUGAUACCAUGUGCGGCACUUUUACUCAUUUCUUACCUACUGAGAAUGCGAGUGAACCACCAGACCUGCUUCAUAUCAAUGGUAAGACGGUGCUAGAGCCGUACCCAUUUGGACUGCGUGGAAAUGCAGAACGCUGGCCCUCGCGGAUGUUUAAUGUUAAUCCUACACUUGUCACGCCGCGGUAUCGCCAUAGUGAUGAUGUAGACAUCUCUGAUCGCGAAUUGUACUGCCUGAACAACCUAGGAUCCGUUCGAUUUCCCUAUUACGUCUUCCGUUAUCUGCUACGUCGCCGAUAUCACUUCUUCGCAGUCAAGACACAUGUAUAUGUCGAUAACAGCAAAUACAUUUGGGUCACCAAGGCAUCACUGCAUGUGGGUCAACCUUCCCAAAAGCAAUGCAGCCGGUGCAAGGCUUUUUUUUCCGGUAUGUCGUCGGGCGUGCAUGGUGGUCGUUUGGCACAAACACAAGACGGAGUGCAACAGGCAGGUGCAAGCGCGGAAGCUGCAAGAACAGGUGCUUAG